UCAAUCAUGCAGUAAAUAAUUGAUUACAAGAAAGCGUCUUCCCAGCUGAUCGCUUGCAGUUGCAGAAGGAAGAAACGUUCAACCGUCCUCCGCUCGGAGGUCCCGAAGACGUUUUUGUGUUUCUCUUCAUUGUUACGAGGUGGGUGGUGGAGUGAGUUUGCAUUGCAUCUGAAUUUUUGUGUAGACGCGAUGUUAGAUUACCGGCUGACACUGACAGUGGCAGGCUGCAUCGCUGUGUUUUGUUCGAGCAUCGCCUUGGGUAGCGUUGAACAGUGCGGAGAGGAGGAAAUACACGGAACUCAUCUACAUACGUGCGAGAAAUGGUUUUUCGUUCAAGUGGUCGGUGACCCGCAAGCGGAUGAAUCUUCCACAAAGCUGCCAUGUGGAGAGGAUGAGUUAGAGCCGUGUCCAACUUUGUUUGCUGCCCUCCAUUCUGCCACUAAGUGGAAAAGGGCAACUGCUGACAAUGACUGUCUCACUCACGCCUGGAUCACAAUUCUGCUGAAGGGAGAUGUGAAUUGCUCGGUACCUCUUCAUGUACGCGUACUUGAAAAGGCGGAGCGUGCCUUUAAAUUUAAUAUCAGUCGCGUUACUAUCAGACCUGCGAACCGCACAUUAUGUCCCACAAUUCGACUUACUACAGCAUCCUCAAAGCCAGUGCCCCUGAAGUUUUCGAAAGCAUCAGCAGUGCGCCUCAGUGGCCUUGAGUUUGUCUCAACGAUCGUUUAUCUUGUCAUUCAAAAGGCUCGUCUGUUCCACGUUGACCGAUGUAAGUUCUCCAUCAAAGCAGAGUCCAUGAAUAUGCUUAAGCAUGUGACGUCUGUGACUUUCUCGUCCGAUGUGUUCUUCACACAUUGUGUGUUUGAGUUGAUGGCCGGAGAGGCUCGACCAGUCAUACCUGACGGUGCAAGUAUUGUCAAUUCCUGGAUCAAGCCUGUGUUCAAUGCAGUCAUCUCGUCUACCACAACCGCUGGCAUUAUUUCUGACACGGACACAUUCCGACAGUGGGCAGCUGGUGAGCCGGUAAUUUGCCGGGCGUAUGCCAAGGAAAAAGCCCACUCCGUGUGCGGAGCAGAGUCCAGCGAGAACUGCGCAGACAGCGGCAGCAGUGGCAGCAGUCGGUGGAAUAUGGCACUCGUAGUGUACGACUGCACCUUCCGCAACCUGGGCCGGCGCUUUGUCAUGGAUCGGCCGUAUUUGGUGUCAACAGACCGCACCAAGGGGAGUGCGCUGACGAUCUUCUUUGACUGUGAGGCAAGACAUCGCACAGUUAUCAUCGAUCAGUGUUUAUUUGUGAACAACAUGCACCCGCGGGACUCGCCUCUUAUGCUCCAGUUCAACACGCAUCAUAUACAGAACAAUCCGCAUUGCCGGAAUGGAUCUAUAACCAUGAACAACAUGGUCUAUGUUACAAACUCGGAGUUCCGAAAUAACUCGGCCCUUUUGGGCGGUGCUGUAUCCGUGAUCAUACUCGACCACUCCUAUUUCAACAACGUGAAGUUUGAAAACAACACAUUUGCUGACAACAAGGCCCGACAGCAGGGUGGUGCCGUUGCGGUCUACUUUGCCAUUGUUACCGUUACAACGAACUGCUUCUGGGCAAGCAACAACAACACGUUCCUGAGGAAUUCGGUCCUGUUUCCUGUAAACCCAGGUUCCGCUGUGUACGUGUAUGCAGCCAGCGAGUCAAUUACCUUCAACUACCAAACUUACUUCAGGGAGCAACAAGGUCUGAACACUAGUGAGGCCGAUGGCUACUUGCGGCGCUGCCAUAAAGAAACAUCAGUCCUCAUGGAGGACACCACUUUCACUGGCAAUCUUGGCAAUGGAGCAUUUUUUGCUCGCAAUGUAGAUGCAAUAUUCCGCGGCAAAAGUGUGGUAUCAUCUAGCACCGGCACUGGUAUAGUUGUGUCAUGUGCUACACUGAAGUUCAGAGGAGGCCCAGUGAACAUUGUAAACAACACAGGGAAGUUGGCAGGUGCAUUCAAGGCAACUGAGUUUGCCCGUAUCCUGUUUCAAGUGGAAAUGUCUCAAGUCACGAUUGUGAACAAUACAGCCGAAGAUGGUGGCGCUGGUUUGUUGACUGCUGACCCAACAUCUGGCAGUCCAUCCUUCGACGAAUCUCUGUACUACACUGGCAACACAGUGGAUAACACCCACAGAUGCCCAAUGGAGUUCGAGGACAAGCUCACACUGCAGCAGGCAAAGGCACUGCUGGAUGAGAACAGCCAGGCAACAAAAUGUCCUGCCAUCUUGGUGUCUAGCUGGGAGAAUUGUUUCCCUCAGUUCAAUCCCCUAGACCACCCUGACCAAUAUCCUAAUGCUAGUAAAGUGGCAGCGAACAAAACAACCAGGCCCUUCUGUCUGCCCUAUGUUUCACCGAUGUAUAAUUACAACUCAACUGCUCAUCCAGAAUGCAGCAUCCACUUAAACAUGCUACAUGGUGUUGAUAUCUUUCACCAAGAUGAUAUUUGCUACAGCUCGUGUAACGACAUGCAUGUCAUCAACAAGCCAGACAUGUUCAGCACACGAGUAAAGACACAAGGCGCUUGGCUUGUGUUUAAUUCCACCACCACGGCCUGCUAUCGGAAGUUUCGCGGAAGGGUUUACUAUUACCGCAAGAACUGCACCCGUGAGACCCUGACCAAACACAUGAUGCAUAGACUAGAGGAUCAAGACCUGCCGUGGACGGACUGCGCGCUUUUUCGUCAGGUCCUCAUGCAUUUGCGGUACAAGUCAUCGUUCGCACCUGUCUUACCUGGACUCAAGUUUGUGCUAGUGCCAUGGGGUGGUACACGACAUGGUUGGAUGAGUUACAUGGAGCAACACCUGAAGGCCAGAGCACGAGAGGAUGACGGAUUGCUCGAGGAACAUGCACUGGCAUCUUGCUUCUUCACGAACAUAACUUUCCCAUUCAAAUCGGAUGAAUCGCUGAGCGCUAUUACCCUACAUCCAGCAUCUGGAGAGGAAUUCUCCCUAUCUGUGCAAGUUCUCGACGAGGUCAUGAAUAUCCGAACAAAAGUCAUUUCAAUCAAGGUUGUAGCGGACAAAGACGAUGUACUGCUAGGCUACAAUGGUAUCCAGUACGGCCGUGGUGAGGAAGUGAGAUUUUCUUCCGCGCAUGCCAUACGCAGUCUGAGCCUUCUUGGACUGACCAAUUCCACUGGAUACAUCUUGGUGACCAAGAUCGGAGCAAUUGUAAUGCGUAUGCCAGAGAAGGGAAUGCUGGCGCUGAAGAUUCCAUUCAAGAUCAGAAGAUGCCACUUGGGCUUUCGGGCUCCGAGUUUGGAAGAGGAUGUGAUAACCUACGUUACAAAUUCCACAAGGGCGAGAAGCAAAGGCAUCAUUUCACGUUAUCGCUACACGCGGCAGUCCGGGGCUGAGGUUGAACAGAUACUAUCCCCGUUGAUGUGCCAAUGUCCUGCCGAUGCAAAGCCCGUGGACCCGGGUGUGCAAUCCUGUAAGGAAGGAAAGAGCAUCAACGUGAAGAGUGGGUAUUGGGCAGGGCCUGCAAACCACCACACCAUCCCUUUCCUGGAGCGACGAGCAACAUUCAAGAACUACACUCUGGAAGAAUUUGAGGUGGAAAAGCAUGGUGACCCGUUUGGGUAUUCGGACCAAGGGACUCCGUUUGGCACGGCAACCUGUGAUAAUGGACUGUGUAACAGCUCUAGGAAAUGGACCAUGGAGGAAGACCAGGAUCCAUGCAAGAGUGGUAUGGACCGAAAUGGGGUACUGUGCGGCGCUUGCUCCGUUGACACAUACAACAUAGUUGCAUCCGAGGCGUGUUCAUCAUGUGAUGGGGCGACAACCAUGCACGUAGCCUUGUACGUGUUCUUAAUGUUCCUGGUGACCUUCGUCAUAUUCUGUCUACUUCUCCUGUUGAACGUAGGCUUGAAUCCAACCAUGGACAGCUGGUUGUUCUUCAUGCAGGCAACAUUUUAUCUGUUUCCUGACGAGACCAACCUCAGUGAUGCUUACCUGUCCUUCCUGUCACUCGGUCUCGGCAACAUUUGUCUGACCCCGCCCAUCACUCGCCUCGCAGCCAAGGCGUUGCUACUCGCACAGCCUCUGUUUCUCUACUUCUUCAUCGUCCUGCUGUGGUUCUGCAUAACCUUUCGCCUGUUUAUUGUACACCUGCAGAAGCUACAGCGCCGUCAGGCUCUAGCCUAUGUUGUUUGGUUCAUUGUUGUGCUCUCUUCAUCAAACAUGGCCUAUAUUGCAGUCACGAUUCUGACGUCGGUGAAGCUUUCCAAUGGGAAGAGGGUGGUCCUCGUUGAUGGUGCCGUGGCGUACUUUGAUGACCAGCACAAACCAUUCGGUGUCCUGGCCAUCAUUGUGCUGAUUUGUUUUGUGCUGCCACCACCCGUGAUUCUCACCGUGCCAUAUUUACGUGGCCUGCCAGUGUUCCGACGUUUUGUUGACGCGGCUCUGUCAUCGUACGAAGAUCACGUGCCCUGGUGGGCCGCGUACAACUUAGUGCGACGACUGCUCCUCGCUCUCCUCCAGGGUGCGGUGGUGGACGGGCAGUCAAGACGCGGCUUCAUUGCUCUGGCCAGCAUCAUGCUUCUGACCAUACACGGACUUGUUAGGCCCUUCAAACGCAAGACGAAGCUGUGGAUUUUCUCGGACGUCGACAACAAGUUUGAGCUGAUGCUGCUGAUCGGAUUCUGCUCCCUGUGCAUCCUGCGUCUGUGGGCCGUCCACGAGGAAGUAUUCCCCGGGCACUACACAGCCAGGCCGCAGGAUACGUACAUACCCAUCUGUCUGACCAUCACCGUGAUCUCCUUGCUUCUCGCCAUAACUCGCUUCCUGCUCAGCUGGCUUGCGACCUACAGGCAGACGCAGAGAAAGAAAUUGACCGCUGCUGAUUUCGAAGAGGAUGAGGACGAGAUGAAGCGGCACCUUGCCCGGCUGGGCAGCCAUCCGUCGACGCCAUAUGACAUUGGCUGUGUGAAUGACAGUAGCGGUGUUGCCAACAGUGCAGCUUUGCCACGAAGCAAUUCCAGCGAGCAGGCCCAGCUGGAUCGCUGUAACGUUCCAUGUGGUCUUCGUGAGCCUCUGCUGUUGGAUGCAGUGCUGAAUCCGAAUGGGAAGGACUGGUCGAACGAGAAAAUAUGAAGGCCCAGUGGUGUCUAUGACCCAGUCGUACUAAUUCCGUGUUCUUUGUGCUCUCUCUCUCUCUUUCUCUCUCUCUCCCCCUCUCUAACAAUCUAUAUAUUAUCUCUCUGCGGAUGAGUCGGUCUGUCACGCCAAUUGUGAAAUUUAGAAGUUUAUAUUCUAAAUUAUUUCUCAUGCCUGUCUGUGAGUGAAGGAUAUGACUGUUGAAAAAACCUUUUUUUGGCAACGGGAGUGAUGCUUUAGUUUUUUUCUUUGUGAUUUGUGGCAAGUAGUUACGAACUGCUUGCAACUAACUUUUACUUGCCAUACUUCCUGCUCCAUGACAUAUUGGAACUCACGGACUAUCCUUUGA